UGCAUUGAAAGAACAUGCGGCCUGUAACGGAACUGGACCCAGACCGCACUUGGGUAUUUCCGUUAGACUCUUGCUUCCCUGUCCAGACACCAUCCAUGGACACCCCCACUGAUCAUACAGGAAAUAGACAGCACCAGACUCUUCUUAAGACAGGAAGUCAACUGCUUUAUUUUUAACACAAACACAAGAUAUAUACACAGGGCGGGGAAAUACAACCAGGAACAGGAAACACACACAGCAGGCCCUCCCAUCAGGGGGAAGGGCUGCUGGAAACACCCCCCACCAAACCAGGACACAAAACAAUGGGAUGCAGUACCUGGCAGUGAACAAUGGACAACCCCCCACCCCACCAAUACAUGUCAACACCAUAUUCAGGACAGACCACCCUGUACCCCUAA